CAAAAGUAUCAUCAACUGGAUGCACUAUUCAGAACUAAAAGUAUAAAUGCGAUUAAAUACAUAUAUUUAUGGUAAGCAAAUGCUUUUAUUUAUUCGAUAGGUCCAGGAAUUAACACAUUACCGAAAGUGUCCAGUGGUUUUCAGACCUUGACUAGCAGUAACUACUCUAUCAUUGUGUCUACUUAAGUUUGUAAAAGUAUAAUCAAGUUGACGCCUGAUCAUAAUGACGAGCUGAAUAGUUUGGGUAGAACUGGUAGCUCUUCCUCAUUACGUUCCAGUGAUCCUAUACGUGUUCCACCAACUGCUUCAAUCCGUCCUGUAAAUCAGUCCAUAAAUCAAGAACCUACAGGAUCUGUUGUUUCAGGAUCUUAUAUGUCAUCUAAAUCCAGAUCACAAAUUGGUUCAGUUGGAAACGUUUACCAAAAUAUAAUGAAGAGUACAAGGCAAAUGGAUCCAUGCGUUUAUAUGUCAUCAAAUAUGCAAACUGUCGAAAAUGGAUCGACCGUUUUGACUAAUAACAAUAGUAGAACUGGUAGCAUUUCAGGUUAUCAGCCAUCGGUAUUAUUAGCAAAGUCAACUCAAGGUACUCGUUCGCUCUACGCUCCUAGUCAUUUUAGAAUGUCAAGAAGCUUAAAAGCUUCCAAAGCUUCUCUGGCAACAUAUAAGAGUGGUAGAACAACAAUACAAGCUGAACAUCAUGAUCGUAAAGUCCAAAGAGAAAUAAAUUCAGUUAAGUUUGGUCGAGCAAAAAAAACUAUAUUGGAUUGCAGUUGGAUUUUAUAUAAUGUUCUUACUGAUAUUGGUGAAUUAACUGGUCCUUUACUAAUUGCGUGUUCAUUUUUAUUCUUUGGUGCUGGAAUGAAAUUUUACUACGAUGCCUAUCGACUUGGCUCUGAAGAACGUAAACUCAUUAAGUAUAAAGCAGCUAGUCCAUCUACAGUAGCUGUAACCACUGUUGACCAACGAGUGACAGAUGGAGAGGAAAAACUUGUCAGUGGACAAACAUCGAAAAAUGCUUUAAGUCGUGCUCCAAUCGGCUCAAGAACAACAUUAAUUAUGCCUUAA